AUGGAAUAUUUAUUCCUCAACAAAAUAGAUCUUUUACUUUAUCAAACAAUCAAAAGACUCAGUCCAGGAUCAAGAGGUCGAGAGCCAACAACGACCGAGUUAAAUCCACCUACACCAGUUGGGUCAAAUCCAAGAACCGUUAGUACAACAACCCAUAUUGAAGCUGUGCCAAACGCUCUGACUACAGGUGGACCAACUUCCCCAGUAGCGACUGAACUAUAUCAUACCAGAGGUAGAAAAAGAAAAGGAAUAGUGACAGAUGGAAAAGUCAAAUUUAGUUCAUACAAAACAAUCACUGGUGUGACUAAAGAUGGCUUUGAAACAUCUCCUAUGCAAUUCAUUUCACAACUUUCUCAUUCACCUCAAGUAGCUCCGUCUAUUUCUUUUGAUACCAAAAUGUCAGUUAUUAUACAUCACUACAAGUGCACUCUACUUGACCCAAAUGGAGAGAGAAGUUUCAAGUAUCCAAAAUUGAUUACCAACGACUGGUGGUUCAGAGAUACCCUUAAAUCAGGAGUUGCUGCAAGAUUUGUGGUUGAAUCAAUUAGCUUUAAAAUCAACUCACUUUUUAACACUGUGACAGUAGAAUUUGAGUAUGGUAAAUAUGCUAUCUCAACAAAAACAGUGAAUGACCAUAUAUAUUGUAAAACCAAUAAUACUAAAUAA